CUUUUGUUACGGCCCAUGAACAACAACCCUCGGCGGCCCAUUGAUGAGAAGCCCUAUACUCCAAGUCUCCAUUUCGUAAAUUUCGUCCAUGGAUGCUUCCCCUUCCCCUGGAGAGGAGGCCCCCCCGUCGCCGGCGAGGUGAGAGAUGACCUCUCCGCCACCUUCCGGGUCGCCAAAAUUCCCCGCACCACCCUCCCUCCGAAGUCUUGCAAGGCCACCCCCUCCUCGGUAUCGGCCUCCCCCGCCCCCGCGUCCGGAGAUCCACCGCCCAAGGCCGCCAAGAAGAAAAAGGAGGCGGCGCCGUGGUGCGUCUACCUCAUCGCCUCCUCCCUGGCUCCCCGCACAUACGUCGGCGUCACGACCGACUUCCCUCGCCGCUUGAGACAACAUAAUGGCGAGUUAAAAGGUGGUGCCAAAGCCUCUUCUGCUGGGAGGCCAUGGAAUCUCGCAUGCCUUGUCGAAGGCUUCACCAACAGAAGUGAAGCAUGUGAGUUUGAGUCGAAAUGGAAGAACAUCUCGAAGAAGAUGACACGGAAGAGGAGUGAGCCUGGCUUGAACUCAGUGUUGCAGCACCGGGAAGUGGCACUGAGCAGAGUAAAAACCAUUCUGGAUUGCAACCACCUCAACAUCAAAUGGCACUCAAGCUGAGGUCGUUUCACCAAUUGUUGUAUGUAUGUACACAUGUUUUACUAUGCAAGAAAUUGCCCAUUAACUUAUGAAGUUGGCGAGGUUUUUUUGUAGAGGCUUUUCUGCUUCCAUGGUUUUGUACAAAAAAAGUUCCCAUGUCUUGCAGCUCAAAUGAUCAUGCUGGCAACUGUAUUUGCUAAGAAGGCAGCUGAAUCGAGUGAGCUGGUGAUUGCAA